AUUUCCAGAAGACACUUUCAAACAUCCUUAAUGUUGAUUAUCUCUUCCCCCACCCACCCUUUAUAUUGGUAUUUUUAAAUUUUGUAUCAAACCUGUGGAUCUUACAGGUGAUAUGCAUUCUAUUGAUCUGAAACAAAUCUAUAAAUUGAAGCUGAGUUCUUUGGUUCCAGUACAAGUCCCAUGCAUUUCAUACUGCUCAUAGACGAAAGCAUACAGUUACAAGGGAAGGUACAUUCCUUUGAGUGCAUAGUCUGAGACCUACAAGUAAGGGUAGAAUUUAGUCGGUGAAGCAGACUGUAGAUAUGCCAGAUGGUAGAAACAAUAUGAAUGAUGUCAGGGAUACAUGAGGCAAGUUCAAGAAGCACAAACAAUCAUAUCUGUCUAAGAAGACAUUAUCCAAAAGGAAGAUGUGAGCCACAGGCAUAAUUUAAAUUUUUCUAACAGUCACAUGCAAGAAGUUUUCUGAAGGUAAAUGAGUUUUAAUAAACUAUUUAAUUUAGUAUAUGUAAAAUGUUAUCAUCUCAAUUAGCAAGCAAUUCAAAACUUAUCGAGCUAUUUUACAGUUUUUCUUCUAAGUCUUCAAUGAUUAUUAUAUUUCUGAGACUUGCAAGCCAUUACAAUUCACACACAUUUCUAGCCAAUUCAAGACCAGUCACAUGUGGGCUAGUGACUGUCAUAUUGGACAGUACAUGUUUAUGUAUAAGUACAGUCCAUCUAAGACAUUUGUGGAUUGUUAAGUUGCCCAAGGGCCAUCACAGAAGAUGCUUGAGCACUAGAGUGGUUUAAUGGGAGCUAUCAGGAAGAGAAAUUGACAGGACAUGAAGAAAUCCAAGUGCAAUGGAGAAAGAACCUUUUAGGACACUCCAAAAUGUUCAAUGUAAAUAACAUCCAGGAGUAGUGAUUAGGGAACAAAGAGACUGGAAGACAAGACUAGGCAGAAGCCAGCAGAAACUAGCUGUUAAUGAUGGAAGGGAAGAAGUGUUUAUAAAAGAAGUGAAGUCAGUUGGCCCAGAACAGGACAGAAAAAAGGAGAGAAACCCAUUCCCAUGGGCUCUAAGUUUCAGCUACACCUUUAAAUUAAAGACUGUGAGUGUGCCCUCAAAAACACCAAGGGCAAUAGCAAGGGCAUCUCACAGAUGGUGAGAUUUUCACAGGAAAUGCAAAAGACAGUAUAGUUGUGUGACUGGAGAGUACUGCAUUGGACCACAGAUGUGGUGACCAUACUUGAGAUCUGUCCUUGAAUUACCACAUGCUUCAGGAAGUCACUGCUCAUUUUUUUAGCAUGAGUUUGCCUCUGUGUAGUAAGAAGUUGAGACAAAUAACCUGUAAGGGAGGCCCUCACUCUGGCUAACAGACAUAACACAGCAAACAUCUCCAGCAACCAUCAGAUCACUGAAGUAAUCACGUAGCCACUGUUCACGAGGGCCCUCCAAAGUUUCCUGCUGUAAAGCAUAGCCAGCAGAUGCCCCACCUAUACCUACCUCUCGUGGAGUUAGCAUGUAAGCCUCAGCUCGCUCCAGGUAAAAUCUAAAGCCUAGAGAACACAAUGGAGCUAUCCCCAGUGAUGACAUCACCUUAACAGUGCCAUUCCUUGGAAGGUUUAACAUGUAAAUCAUUUAAAUGGAGAAAAACUAUUUCCAUGUCAUUCUAAACAAAAGCAAGUGUUGUUGUAAUUACUAAGAAGGUACAAAAAGAGCAGGGAAAUCUGUGUCUGUUAACUGUAGAAUAAAACCUUAUUUAAUAAACACGAGAGCAUUAAUGUUCUUUGAAUUUAAAUACACAUGCCCACUUUUCAACAAGUUUAUCUAUGAAAAGUUUAAAAAAUCAAAAUCUUUGACCUCUGAGCUCUCCCUUUUAAAAUUCAAGCUGCAGCUCUAGCAAUAAGCUAAUGGUCUGUAGAAAAUAUAUGUGUGUUUAUAGCUAGCUUGACUGAAUAAUGUGGGUAGCAUUCUUACACAGUUAGAAGGUGGCUAAUAAUAUUAUUUCUCUCCUGCUCCACACUGGGCAGAAGGAGCAGUAAGAGCUCCCAAAAGAUGACCUAAGACUCUACCCAGACUUUGGGGACUUCAGAUGAAUGCUGGAUUUCUCCUUGGAGCCUGCCCUGCUCUGGUGUAGCUCUGCCUAGGGCUCUCAGAAGCUCUGCCUAGGGCUUUCAGAAGGCAGGGCUGCCUGGGGAAGCAGCCUGCACUCUGAGAAACCUCAGGGAGGUGAGAACCCUAUAGCUAUCAUUUGCUUUAUGCAACCAGAACCUGUCUUUUUAAAAGACUGUCAAUUGAAGUCUAUUUUUUUCAUUCACCUAGAGAGUUUGCUAUUUAAAGGAACCAUGUGGUGAAUCCUUCUGUAGAACAAAGACCCUUUGAUAAUUCAAAUGUAUCUCAAUUGAUAGGUUUUCUUAACCAAGAAUUUCUAAAUCUAUCUCCUUCCUUAAAGGCAGGGCACUGGAGGCUCCCUGAAGUUCUCCAAACUAACCUUACUUUGAGAGCUGACUUAGCAAGCUGGUGAAGAGAACAAACUAGCUCCUCCCACGACUGUCAAACUCAAAACAAAGAAAGAGGAACCUAAGCCCCUCUCUGAGGGUCCAAGAGACAUCAGAACCACUAGGGCGGCACAGUAACCCACCUUGUUUUCUUCAAGGGAAUUGGGUUUAUCUGAAUGACAAGAACUUUGAGUUGCUUAACUCUGCCACAUGGUGCGCUCAGAGCUUGGCAAUUGGGGUAAGUUAAAAUCAGGGUACAGUUAGUAGCCCAGGUUUUUAAAAGGGCUGUCGUAGCCUGAGCUUUGGGUAUAGAAUGGUCCUUCUGAAAUGCCCACCACAAGAAAGGAGUGGUGCCUUCCUCUACAACCCCCAAGAGAAGAGUGAGGUAUAAUGGUAGGAUGAGGGCCUAUGCCCUGAAGCACCAUUCCAUGGAUGUCACAGAUAGAGAAUGAGCCUAUGUCUUAAAGGAUAAUUUUGACAGCCCACCAGAACAUUCUAGAACAUUUACUGAAAGAACUAACUGCACGGCAGAAGACAGCCCAAUACAGGGUCCCCAUCUGUGCCCAGAGGCCUACUUUGACCACCAGACCUCAACAGUAUGAGCUACUGAGUUACACAGAGAGCUGAGAAACUGUGCUGGGGCAGCAGUGUUCCCUCAAGAAUGCAGAUCCGGUGUUCAUGAUAACAGGACUCGAUGGGGUCUAAGGUUAACAAGCAGACUCCAGGAUAAGGAAAUUGAGUAAAACCAGCACCAAAAUGGCAUGGACAUGGGCACUAGGGGGCAACCCUGCAUCCAGAGAUGGCUGUGCCACACUUCAAACAGAUGCAGAGUGCAUCUGGUCCUCUCUAGCUUAUAUACUGUACAGUGGGCAUCAUGGAGUUCUAGGACUGUGUCUGCUUGGGUACAAGGACUGAAUUGAGCGUAUUUCUUCACUGUGAUAACAUGAUCAUUGAUCAACUAGUCUGGUUUGAGUUAACUUUUAAGUCCCUUUCUGUGGUUUCUGCUCUUCUUUAUUCAGCAUUGAUAAUAAUCCUAAGAUCUCUCACCUAUCUCCCUGUCAAAGUAAUUCCAUCACAAGCUUUCAGGGGACUUAAUGAGGUCGUAAAAAUUGAAAUCUCUCAGAGUGAUUCCCUGGAAAGGAUAGAAGCUAAUGCCUUUGACAACCUCCUCAAUUUGUCUGAACUACUGAUCCAGAACACCAAAAACCUGCUAUACAUUGAACCUGGUGCUUUUACAAACCUCCCUCGGUUAAAAUACCUGAGCAUCUGUAACACAGGCAUCCGAACCCUUCCAGAUGUUACGAAGAUCUCCUCCUCUGAAUUUAAUUUCAUUCUGGAAAUCUGUGAUAACUUACACAUAACCACCAUACCCGGGAAUGCUUUCCAAGGGAUGAAUAACGAGUCUGUCACACUAAAACUGUAUGGAAAUGGAUUUGAAGAAGUACAAAGCCAUGCAUUCAAUGGGACGACUCUAAUCUCGCUGGAGCUAAAAGAAAACAUCUACCUGGAGAAGAUGCACAGUGGAGCCUUCCAGGGGGCCACGGGGCCCAGCAUCCUGGAUAUUUCUUCCACCAAAUUGCAGGCCCUGCCGAGCCACGGGCUGGAGUCCAUUCAGACGCUCAUCGCCCUGUCUUCCUACUCACUGAAAACACUGCCCUCCAAAGAAAAAUUCACGAGCCUCCUGGUCGCCACGCUGACCUACCCCAGCCACUGCUGCGCCUUCAGGAAUUUGCCGAAGAAAGAACAGAAUUUUUCAUUUUCCAUUUUUGAAAACUUCUCCAAACAAUGCGAAAGCACAGUUAGAAAAGCAGAUAACGAGACGCUUUAUUCCGCCAUCUUUGAGGAGAAUGAACUCAGUGGCUGGGAUUAUGAUUAUGGCUUCUGUUCACCCAAGACACUCCAAUGUGCUCCAGAACCAGAUGCUUUCAACCCCUGUGAAGAUAUUAUGGGCUAUGCCUUCCUUAGGGUCCUGAUUUGGCUGAUUAAUAUACUAGCCAUCUUUGGCAACCUGACAGUCCUCUUUGUUCUCCUGACCAGUCGUUAUAAACUGACAGUGCCCCGCUUCCUCAUGUGUAAUCUCUCCUUUGCAGACUUUUGCAUGGGGCUCUACCUGCUGCUCAUUGCCUCCGUGGACUCCCAAACAAAAGGCCAGUACUAUAACCACGCCAUAGACUGGCAGACAGGGAGUGGCUGCGGUGCAGCUGGCUUCUUUACUGUGUUUGCCAGUGAACUCUCUGUCUACACCCUGACGGUUAUCACCCUGGAAAGGUGGCACACCAUCACCUAUGCUGUACAGCUAGACCAAAAGCUAAGACUGAGGCAUGCCAUCCCAAUUAUGCUCGGAGGAUGGCUCUUUUCUACGCUGAUCGCCACGAUGCCCCUUGUGGGUAUCAGCAAUUACAUGAAGGUCAGCAUCUGCCUCCCCAUGGAUGUGGAAUCCACUCUGUCCCAAGUCUACAUAUUAUCCAUCUUAAUCCUCAACGUGGUGGCCUUCGUCGUCAUCUGUGCUUGCUACAUUAGGAUCUACUUUGCAGUUCAAAAUCCAGAGCUGACAGCUCCUAACAAGGACACAAAAAUUGCUAAGAAGAUGGCCAUCCUCAUCUUCACAGACUUCACGUGCAUGGCGCCCAUCUCUUUCUUUGCCAUCUCGGCUGCCUUCAAAGUGCCCCUUAUCACUGUCACCAACUCGAAAAUCUUACUGGUCCUUUUUUAUCCUGUCAAUUCUUGUGCCAAUCCAUUUCUGUAUGCGAUCUUCACGAAGGCGUUUCAGAGAGAUUUCCUUCUGCUGCUGAGCCGAUUCGGCUGCUGUAAACGCCGGGCGGAGCUUUACAGAAGGAAGGAAUUUUCUGCAUAUACUUCCAACUGCAAAAAUGGCUUCCCAGGAGCAAGUAAGCCGUCCCAGGCUACCCUGAAGUUGUCCACAGUGCACUGUCAACAGCCCAUACCACCGAGAGCGUUAACUCACUAGCAUUACAAAAUUGUGCCUAAAUAUGUUUUUUAAAAAGUGUUUUAGAAAAAUAUUUAUCCUUAGGCACUUCAGGAGAAUUGUACCUGCUUCAGAGGACGGCCUAUAACACUUGGUCACAUAAGUUUCAGGAAGGUUUAGAAAUUUUUAUAGUAAUUUAGGCAGAAUAAUUUUUUGUUGAAUCUAAUACUAAGGAAAUCUAAGUUGUCAUUUUUCACGUCUCUGACAUUUUUCAUUUCAAUCUUGUGAUUUACAUUGUAAUCUCCAAAUAUAUUACUUCAUAGCAGAUUGAAAAUUUAAACUGGUCUUUGUCCUCAGAUAGUUUGAUAAAUAUAUUCAAGAGAUGCACUGUGCAGUGUGACUGCUAGCCUUGCAUGGUAAAUAGAAGUUUCUUAGCCAUAUUCCAAGUGCUUCACAUGUCACACUAGGAGGCACAGAUGCAAACUGUUUACAUCAGUGCAAGGAAUUCUAUUAGCCAGCUCUAUUCUAGAGACUUCUAUUUCCCAUUGACACUCUGCUUAACUUUCCAUCUGAAGGCACAUGCUGCAUAUUUGUUUGGCUUACAGAUCAUGAGUACCUCAUGGCCAGGAGCCCAUCUCAGCCCAUCUUGUUCCUCGUCUAUCUCAGGAUCUUGGAAAUGCUACACAGCAAGCAUGCCUAGCCAGUUAAACUCCCUAAAUCUACACAGGAAAAUAUUUCUACCACCUUAGCAUAUUGUUUUCGAUGAUUACAUGCUUUCUGUAUUUUGCCCUCCUCCUAGUAUCCCUUCCCAGAGUUCUUCACCCCACGCCCCCUCCUCUUUGCCUCUGAGAGGGUACCCCUCCCCCGGGAAUAUCCCCUUCCCUGGGGCAUCAAGUCUCUGUAAGAUUAGGCACAUCUCCUCCCACUGAGACCAGACAGGGCAGUCCUCUGCUCUAUGUGCUGGGGGCCUCGGACCAGCCCAUGUGUGCUCUUUGGUUGAUGGCUUCGUCUCUGGGAGCUCCCAGGUGUCAGGGUUAGUUGACACUGUUGGUCUUCCUGUGGGGUUGCCAUCCCUUGAGUUCCUUCAGUCCUUCCCCUAACUCUCCCAUGGGGUGCUAUUCGCUCACAUUAUUCUGUCCUUUGCAGUUUAUUGGGAAAUACAGCCAGUGUUUGCCAGAAGCACUUGUUCCUACAGUUGACUCCUGAAGGACAAGCAGCCGAUGGGUCUAAUUGCAGAGCUCUCCUUGGCUCCUUUGCCUUUUUGAUUGAAAGUUCAUUACAUAUGCAGCAUCUCAGUGAGUGUAUUACAUAAUCUCACCAACUGAAUCUCAGAAAACCCUACAGUUCAGAUGUCAUCAAUCUUAUAUAAGAAAAAACCCAUCACCGUUUUUGAAAGUACUGAAAACUAGUAAAAGAUUCACUCUCAGACCUCACUCACAAAGCCUAGCCUCUUUAAUGAUUCUCAUACUGAAAAAAAAAUUCUUUUCUGAGUUACUUUGGAUUGAAAUACACCAAAAAUAGACUACACUGAUACUCAAACAAAUAAUUAUUGGAGAGGUAGGUUUUGUUAUUUAAAAGCUUAUAUACAUUCAAUGUUCCUUAAGUUUUUCCAAUAUUUUAUUAUGAACAUUUUCAAAUAUACAGAAAUGUUGAAGAAACUAUGUAGUGAACACCUAUAUAUCACCACUUACAGCAAGCAAUAUUUUAUUAUAUUGACUUUCAUAUAUUACUAUGCAAUUAUCUGUUAUUUAUGUUGAUCAAUAUGUCUUAUAUUUUGAUAUUUUAAAGUAAUUUACAGGUAUAGGUCUUACACAAGUGUAUAGACUGUAUGUGCCCAUGUAUAUGAACUUUAGUACUCAUAUUCACCAAGUAUAAUAUAUAAUAUUUAUUUACAUUUUAGGUAUAAUUUACAUGAAAAGGAAUGAGCAAAUCUUAAAUGUGCCACUUGAGUUUUGAGAACAGCAUGCACCUAUGUGAGCCACACUGUGUCAGGAUUUAGUACAGUUACAGUUAGAGAGCUUCUCAUUGCUCAUGAUGGCUGGUAUUCUUCACAGACUAGAGUUUCCUGUCCUAGAUGGCAUAAGUGCCCACUCCUAAGCUAGCACUGAGAGAACUGUAGAAUCUGUCCUCAGACCUACUCAUUCAUUCUUCUGCUAGUUUCUUCAUGAAGCAAAUGGACUCAGUGACCCUUCUCAAAGCCAUUCCUUUCCACUGCCAUGAUGGCGCCCUUCUCUAAUGGAUUACACUUCUUAAGAGAUCUCUUCUGUGUGAAAUAAAGAACAUUGUAGGGCUCUGGCGCCUGGUGCUCUUCACAGAGAUCUCUGGUCGGGCUAGGAGCUCAGGUUCGGGGGAGGGGGGAAGAACUCAGGGAGAGGGGACUGCUUCUGCUGCCCCCCCUACCGGUACUUUUCCUUUGUGCCGCUGCCACUUGGGUUGCUUGGCGAGGUCUGAGCCAGCAGGGGACUAACAAGCUGGCCAAGGGUAUAGGGGAGCUUCUGGCAGCAAUUUCGGGAGAGCAGAUCUCUUCCUGAAGCGGUGGUGUUACAGCUCUUAUGACAGAAGCUCUCAGACGAUGGAAUAUUCCCUGCGCACCUUUAAUUCUGAACAUAAUAGUUAAAUAGGUUUUUGGAUGGGUCAGUGUCCGACAGCAGGUAUUCCUAUUGGUUUGGCCUGAGAGCUUAGGAAGACCUCAUCUACAUAUUCAGGGCGUGGACCUUUCUCUAUGACUGAUCUGUCUUGAGCCUAUGUGACCUGUGGUCACAUCCUCACCUGUGGAGGAGGGGCUUGGGGCACUGCUUUUAUGAGACUGGUCUGUCUCAAAACCUCUCUACAGGGGUUUGUGGGGGGCUACAGCUAGUGACACCCUGAUCUGAGAGGCUGGGAAUGUGCCUGCCAUCCCUUUUAGGGUCCCCCAGGGAUUCAACCUGUCUCGACCAGGAAUCAGGGUACCUUUCACUGCCUGUCACCCCACAGAAUAUGAUAAAUGUGUAACCUACCACAGACUCUCUUUACAGACCUCUUUAGCCUGCACAUCUGUGUGCUGCAUGUGUACUACAUGCAUGAUGCCUGGAGCCCACAGAUGCCCUGGAAUUGGAAAGUUGUGAGCACUGUGUGCGAGUGCUAGAAAUCAAACCGUGCUCCUUCGGGAGAGUAAUUGGUGCUCUUAACCACGGAGCAAUUUCCGCAUCUCCUUUAGACUUCUUGAGCAUUUUUCUAUACCACUUUUUCCCUUUUCUAGAAAAGAAAUAGGGAUAUUAGUUAGCAAUACAAACCCAUUCUUAUUUCACCUAUGUUAGGAAGAUAGACAAUUUUCUUUUAACACAUCUGUUUUUCAACCUGCUUCAUUUUUAUAACUGAAAUAUAAAACUGCCUUUGUUAAGAAGUAUUUCAUGUUCAAAAUAUCUAGAAUGUGUGUUACUAUUCUGUAUAAUCUCUAAUGGCUAAAUCAUAAAUGCUAAAUAAAUCCAAAUCUCUUUCUUGUAUUUUCUCACCAUGUUAGAUAGUAUUGUAAGUCAACUGCAAAAUGCCUUAAAAAGAUUAAUCAACCUGGAAUAAAUCCUCUAAACUUAUAAAAAA